ACCUUUAUUUCUAGAGUGUCGUGCAUAAGUGCCGCGGUGGAGGAGUGUGGUGACGAGACAGUAGCGGUGGAAAGCAGGGCAGGAGAAAGAAGACAUCAGCCAGCUUCAGCACUCCGUCCCGCCAUCAACAGUGGCUGUGAGGAGGUGACCAUGAGUGCUGAAGGGGACACAGAGCCACCUGAGAGGAGUGACACAAGCCAGGAAAAGGAGGACCCUCAGAGUAGCCCAGAUGUGUGUGAGCAGAAGCGUGACAGCCUACAGAUCUGUGCUGCAGUUGCCCCCAGCAGCAAGCAGAGUGUGGUGGACCUACGCAAGCUAAACACAGAGGAGCUGCGACUUAUCAAGCCCUCAGACAACACUGUCAACCCCUUUGCCGACAUGAAGAUCCGAGACUCAAGCUUCCUCGAUGAGAUUGACGACCGCAGCAACUGUGCCAAGUGUAGCAAGUCCAGGAAAUAUUUCUGCUACACCUGCUACGUGCCACUGCCCUGCAUAGCAGAACGCAUCCCUACACUGCAGUUGCCCUUCAAGAUUGACAUCAUCAAGCAUCCCCGUGAAAUUGCCGGCAAGAGCACCGCUGUGCACGCUGCCGUGCUGUGCCCCGAGGACGUCACCAUAUACACUCACCCCGCCCUGCCAGACUACUCCACCCACCCCAAUGAUGUGGUGCUCAUAUUCCCAGAGAAGGGAGCGGUGGGGGUGAAGGAGCUGUUGCGUCCUCUUGGUCCACCAUCCCUGAAGCGCCCUCGGCCACACCUGCCGUUCUCCAAGGUGGUGUUCAUAGACUGUACCUGGAACCAGACUCGGAGGAUCUACUGCGACGAGAGAAUCAGAGGUCUGCGCUGCGUUGAGUUGGACCAGCAUGAGACACUCUUCUGGCGGUACCAGCGAGGGAAGCCCAAGACUUACCUGGCCACCAUAGAGGCAAUAUACUACUUCCUGGUGGAGGUUCACAACACUACCGCCACCAUGCCUUACCAGGGAGAGUACGAUGACCUUCUCUUCUUCUUCAAGUUUAUGUAUGAGAAGAUCCACUCUCAGUACGACCCCGACUGCUUAAGAGCGUACAAGGAUCUCUGAGGAUGAUUUUUGUAGUAUGGGAGGGUUAAAGGGUUGUAUUUUAUAUAGGGGGGGGAAAGAUUGGGAGGGAGGGGACAGUAGCAAAAAAAAAAAAAAAAAAAACCUGCAAAUAGCUAAAAAAAAACUGGGAGGGGAGGGUGGAACAGUAGCAAAAAAAAAAAAAAAUCCCUGCAAAUAGCUGAAAACCUGUAUUAAGUCGAAAAUACUCCGAAGAGUCUCCGGAGAUAAGGCAGAUGUAUAUUGAAACUAAGAUUAUGUGAACAGUCUC